UUAUUUUUGUGACAUUUGCAUUAAUGGCCUUAAUAGGCUACUAUUAGGCCGAAGGUAGAAUACAAAGAAAAGUGAAAUGUGUGCCUGUAUCCUAUUUAAGAAAGAAGGAAACAAAAGUGCAACGCUGUGCAAAUACCCGAAUCAUGUGUGAUGGAAAAGGAAGGAAGUAGGAGAGUAGAAGCAUACAUUAUGAGGUGACGGUGGAAUUUGUGGGGUUGGGGGGAGGAGGAGGAGAUCCACUUCCGCAUGUGAGCAGGACCUGGCCACUCCAGCAUCACUUUCCACUCGGGAACGGAUGCAUCGGCCCCGACAGUGCGGAGGAUAAGGAACAAACGAAGGAGGAGAACCAGUUACCAGUUCCACCCCUGACAUCACGGGCUGUUGUGGAGAUGGCGAACGGGGACGUGGGGGUGUCUGUGUGCGUUCUCGUGGGGGUGGUCCUGCUGUGCGAGGCAUCCCGCAGGCUGCUGAAGAAGAGUGCACUGUUCGCGGAAACCGCACUUGAGGUGUACGCUGUGGAGUUUGUAUCCACGUUGCAGCUUUGCUGUUGCACGCAUGAGCUCAAGCUGUUGGCCGAGGUAGGACGCGUGGAGCCGCGACUCUCGCUGACGCUCACUUACCUGGCGUGCGUGGUACACGGGCUCACCUUCGGCGGCGCGCUCGGUAACGCCUGCGGCGCGCUCGAGCGUGCCUGCAGCAAAAGGAUCGCGGGCAGGUGUGCCCUGCAACGGGUCGCGUGUCAGUUCGCUGCGGCGUGCGUGGCUCGCGCGGUGGUGCCACAGGUGUGGGGUCUCGGUCUCUCGGACCUCCACCUGCGACACAAGCUGCUCGGCUUCCGGUGCAUCAGCCAGAUCCGUGCUACUCUACCGCACACCGCCGCGGUGGAGUUCGCGGGCGCCUUCUGCGUGCAUACCGUGAUUUCCCGCACGCAGGCGGUGGAGGAGAAAUACCGUGUGCACUUGAUCUCGGUUGUCGUCACCACUCUGGUGUACGCAGGUGGUAGUGUGAGCGGGGCAGUGUUUAACCCCUCGCUGGCCUUCUCUACCCAGUUCCCCUGCAGUGGGAACUCCUUCCUGGAGUACAGUCUGGUGUACUGGGCUGGUCCACUGCUAGGAAUGUUGACGUCGUUGCUGGUGUUUGGCCCAGUCGUUCCGAUGUUGUGGCCGACUUCUGACCCCACUCCCUACCGCCCUCUGGAGACUAAGAAGGGGAAAUGAGAAGAAUGACCACCACUGUGGGGGUCAGAGGGAAACAUCGAGAUAUUAAUGAGCACUGAAGGUCUAUAACCACAUGUGUAGAUCCACCUCUGGCGAAGCAGGGCAUUGCAAAGAUUUGUGCCAUUGCAAAGAUUGGCUGAAAUGGUGUCAGGUAUUUGCAUGAUGAGUAUGACAACUGAUUAAUGGUGCCAUGUGUUGUUUGGGACGUUUUGACUAAGCAUGGUUUACUAUUCCAUUUUAUUUAAAAACGGGUGAAUGUUGGUGCCUUGCACAGAGCACUUCUUUAUCAAUAGGUUAUUAGAUAAGGACUAUAGACACUACUGUAACUACUUGAUAACUAGUUUAUGUUGAUACACUGAUUAUUUGAGUUAAUGAGCAUAUGACAAAUAAUUAAACCUCAAAAUUGUAUUAAAUGUAUGGAAAAGUUACGACUAAUCACCUAUUCACUGUGAAGAUUUAUAUGUUUCACUGUAAUGCGAGUAGUGCAUGGUAAUGUUUCUUUGAAUGUUGUUUUUAAAGCACACAAUCACUUAUUAACUGCCACGGGUGACAUUGCAAUUUGUUUCUGAUUGGCACCAAGGGAUGUCGCUUCCGAUGAAGAGAUCCAAGAAACUGAAACUGACUUGGGGACCACAAACAAAUAGAUGUCCCAAAGAAGCAUGUACUAUUGAAGUUGGAUUUUCUAUGGGAAGCUUUACGACAUUCCAUUAUGAAUUUAUUAUUUUUAUAUCUUUCAUUUGGUGUUCGAGGAUUUGACCCUGCUGAAGUGCCGUUUGGCAAGGCUUUUAAAGAAGUUAGCUGCUGGUUCUGACAAGACAAUUUUAAAAUGUGAGCUAAAUGGUCAACUGUUAUAACAAGUCUAUAAUUCACUUUAUUUGUACGUUUGUCUGUUAAUUUAGUGUCAAAUAAAACCAUGGAACUUGAAUUACGAAAAAGCUUGGAAGCUCUGAUUUAGAAUAAAUUACCAUUUUACCGUGUAACAUUUAAAUGUCUGCUAUAACUUUACAGUGAAUCAGUUGCAACAUUUAACAAAAACAAACCUCAGUUUAAUUAAAUCACUUAAUACAUUUAAACGGGUAACAAAGUGAAAUUACAGAAGUGCUCAAUGUAAAAAUUGUGAACUUUUUGUAGAAAAAUUAUUUAUUAAGUUUUUAUACAAAGACGGCUGUUCUUCUCAGGGACAAUGACAUAUAAAGUUGGUCUAAAAGGUACAAAACACACAAAAAGACCAAAAAUAAGAUACAACUACAUCAGAGGCUGCGUCUCAAUACUUUACAGACGCCUACUGGAAUGGAACUAGUCUACAGUCACGUCUCAACAGUCCAGCAGAUCAUAACAGGUUGAGACUCUGCGAUCCUGAACUUGGAUGCACUUGUGACAGUAAGAGCU